UGGCUGACUACGCUACUGAUGGCCUUCGCAGCUACAGUUUCGCAUGGGCCACACCACCUGUACUCACGGAGGAUUAUAUAACAUUACCCUCCGAGUGCUAUAUAUCGCAUCUUGGCUAUAUCAGCUCCACCGGUGUUGCUGGUCUACCGGUAGCAUCAUUUCUGUCUCGGACAUCGUGACAUUACAUGAUAGUCAACGUUUGCAUCGGUUGUCUCAUGGUGAGUAUUUAAAUUUCUGGCAGUCCAGCAGCUCAAGCUGCAGCUUGGCACGUGCUACUGCAAUGCGGAUGGACGAGGGAAUUCAAGGCUGUUGAUCACGAAAAGGUGUGUAUUCAUGUCGUUUUUACACUGCUGACAAGUUUUUUAUGCUCUUCCAUCGCUUCCCCUUCACAUGUUUGUGCACGUUGGCACACAUCUCGGCUCACUCUUGCUCAUAUCUGCAUACUUGCGCACAUCUGCAACUGUCCCUGCUUAUCUGCGCUUGUUUGCCCUUGCCUUUGCUGUCGUUCGCACCUGGUGAUUAUGUCCCAGACUCAUUUGCAUUAGUUUGUGCUCCAGGUCGUUCGUGCAAUCUACGCGCAUCUUUUUUCACGUAUCUCUGUAUGUACAUCAUUGACAAGUAUCCACAUAUCUAUCUGUCAGUCACUACUUGCGCGCUGCGCCUUUCACUUUACGUGCUUGCGCACAUCUGUGCUUAACAUGUCUUAGGCUGCGCUCUUUGCUUGUCUCUCCAUGCUGCCCCUCAUUUGUGCUUACCUGCAGCUAUCUAUGUACAUUGUGUUGGCAUCACAGCAAAUCAGCAUGGCGAGCCUAAGCCGAGUAGUCAGAUGACUGCCUGAUUAGUGUGGACGCGUGAUUGAUCGGAUUGUUGGAUUAGAGAGUCCCGGCUCGAGCGUCGAGACUGACAAAGCGUCUGCGGCAGCGCGAUUAGUAA